AGCUUCAACAGCUUGCCUGCAAUCAGCCAGUCCGCCGUGACCAACGCGACUAUGGUGCAAUUAAAAAAAUGCGUUGUUUUGAGAAAAAACUUCGAGACGGAGUUUGGACAACUGAGAGAUUCCUAUCAACAGUAUCAUAUCUCUUUCAAAACUUCAAAGUAGUUGCUUUGGAUGAAAACUCAAUGAACAAGGUUGGUGAGAGUCUUUCUUUGCCAACUUCUACUUCAACAGAGACACCGAAGUGCGUUGUUUGUACUGUCAAUGAACGAAAUGCAUUAGUAAUGCCUUGCAGACAUUUUUUGUUUUGUCAGCCCUGCAUUCAACAAGUCCAAAAAAGCAACACAUCUCAUUGUCCCACUUGCCGAGGACCGAUAUCAUCUAUAAUUGAACCUUUUCAAUGAUUCAGUAAAAUUUUCCCUUUUACCUAUAUUUUGAAAACUAGAAUGUCACACAAUUGUUUAAAUUUAUUUAAAAAAAUUUAUUAUAUAAAAGCGGUAUAAUUUUUUUCCUAUUGC